AAUAAAAAAGCUCAGAAAACUCAACCAAAACAAAAAACAAAAAAAAGCAGAGCUAGCGAAGAUGGAGACCGUGAGAGCGAGCAAAGCGAAGACGAAAGGCCUCAACGACAAGCUGUCUCUCGAAGAUUACCUUUUCCUCAUUCAAUCUCACUCCCAGCUCCAUCUCACCAAACUUCAUCUCAAUCAGAUCAUUAGCAUGCACGGUUACAAGAAACUCCACAAAGUUCCCAAGAAACUUCUAAACGACGCCGUUAGCACACUGACCCUGGUCGAGCCGAGCCGCUCUACGCUCAGAAAGUACAUCUCUCCCUUGGUCAUCACUACGCUCGAGGACGUGGUCGCCGACCUCGACCACCUCAACUGGAAAGAGUGCUGCAUUACCUCCAUCGAAACUCUGAGCUCAUGGCAAAACGCCCACUCUUUCCUUCCUCUGACGAGCCCUCAACACGACGUCGUCCGCUACAGCAAGCAUCAACCAUCGGUGCUCUUGGCCCUGGAAUCGACACCCUACGGCGCCGUUUCUGCUCCCGACGGCGCUUCGUUGCCCUCUAGAGCUUCUGAGACCGCUCGUCAUCCAGCGAAGAAAUUGGCGCCGAAGAGGAAGAGGAAGACGUCGCCGAGAGGCGGUGGUGGCGGUUGCGCUCAUGCUGCUUUGGAUUCUGUUUCGUACAGAUCGUGCUGACGUCAUAGCACCCAGAGCAAUUUUCAGUCCUUUGCGUUGUCGUGGCGGGAGUUUGGUUAGUUAAGGAGUGUGAAUUUCGUAAAAGGGAAAGGGUAUUUCUGUACAUUCCUUCCAGACAGUGGUAAACUUGUGUUUUACAGAUAGCAUUAAGGGUAUUUCAGUCUAUUACUAUCACAAAUUGCAUUCGGAUUUCAUCCCUAAUUGGUG